AUGGCGGACUUUGACAUAAUCUUUGGAAUGAUUGUGACACCAAUUAUGCUUCGUUUGAUUGUCAGGGAAAAAGAGAGAGAGAGAGAGAGAGAGAUCAUUCUGCAAUGGCGACGUUCUGGAGACAAGAUCUUCAGGACCAAGUGCGCUCAGUGCCACACCGUCGAGAAAGGAGCUGGCCACAAACAAGGACCAAAUUUGCAUGGCCUUUUUGGAAGGCAGUCUGGCACAGCUCCUGGGUACUCAUAUUCUAAUGCCAACAAAAAUAUGGCUGUUAUCUGGUCAGAGAAUACAUUAUAUGACUACUUGCUUAACCCAAAGAAGUACAUCCCUGGCACGAAGAUGGUUUUUCCAGGACUGAAGAAGCCGCAGGAGCGUGCUGACCUCAUAGCAUAUCUGAAGCAGGCAACUUCCUAAUUCUUUUUGCCAUGUAUGGACGCUAUAUUUUGCUACGGUUGGAAGAGUUUUUUGAUCACUAGUUGCUAGUUUGGAAUUCUUUUCUCUCUCUC